AUGCCACCAUCGACCGACCAAGACAAACAGUGGUACCCUAACUUUCUGAAGAGCCCGCCUAAGAUAAUGGUGAAAGACCUUGUCAUCAAGUGCAGAGGACUACCCUACUCAUGCGAUGAGAAUAGUCUCCGCAAGUUUUUGGGUGAUAACGGCAUCAGCAAAGUGAACAUCAUUAUGCGAGAUGGUAAAGCAGCUGGUGAUGCUUUUGUGCAUUAUAGCAAUGAGGACGAUUACAAAAGGGCACUUAAAAAGGAUAGAGAACACAUGGGACAUCGCUACAUUGAAGUGAUGCCUGCAGAUCAAGAUAGCCCCAGCGGUCGUGGGGGUGCCAGUGGACGCGAUCGUGAAAGGGGAAGUAGCUACCGUGAUCGUCGUGAACGUGACUAUGAUUAUGGUCGUGGUUCGUCCCGGAUGACUAUGUUGAUGCCAGCCCCAUAUGGUGAAGGGGUUGUACGUUUGCGCGGACUACCUUACGGUGCACGUGAAAGGGAUGUAUACGACUUCUUUGCUCCUCUAAACAUUGUACCGGAAGGCAUUCUCCUACCAGAUGAUCGUACUGCUGCCAAAACUAAUGGGGAAGCAUAUGUUGUUUUUGUUGAUCAAGAAACAGCAGAUCGAGCGCUCAUGAGACACAUGAAGAACAUGCAGCACCGAUACAUCGAAGUGUUUGCUGCUUCAUACGGCGAGAUGGUGCAGUUCUGUGAUGAGUACCGCCUGCGUGUGCCGCGCGGUACUGGGGGAGGCGGCGGAUACGGUGGUAUGGCUCGUGGCGGAUAUGAAGAAUCAUUUGGUGGCUUCGGGGCAUUCGGGCGUCCAGGAGGUGGUGAUCGUCCUGCGGCAGUUGGUCCAUGGGAAGAUAGUCGUGGUGGUUAUGGAGGGACACCGAUGGCUGAUCCUUUUUCGGGUGGCUACAGUUCAUCAGCAUGGGCUGGAGCCGAAUCCCGCCUUCCACCUUCACCUCGUGGAUCUUCCUAUGCAGAUCCGUACGGGAGAGCAAGUCACACGGACCCGUAUGGCAGGUCUGUUUCUGCGUCGGACCCAUAUGGGCGCGCUGCGCAGAACGACGAUCCGUAUAUUCGUGGUUCUCGAAGACCAGAAGAUUUGUUUGCUCGAAGAGUGGAUCCCUUUGAAGGCUUCAGUCGCGGGCCAUCGGAUUCAUGGCGUGAAGAUCGUGCACCCACUGGAGCGGCGGCAGGAUUUGGCGAUUCCUGGCACGAGUAUGGCUAUGGAGGCAGCGGUGGCGGCGGACCGAUUCGUGUACGUGACCAGUGGCGAGAUCACGAAGAUUCCCGAGGGUCAGCUGCCGCUCCACCUCGUGGACGUGAACGACCUGGGCAGAGGUACACACUCAAAAUGAGAGGGGUGCCCUUCCGUGCUAUCGAGGCGGACAUCUACGACUUCUUCAAUCCCAUUCGUCCAGCACAUGUUGAAAUAAUACAUGAAGCAAGUGGGCGACCAUCUGGAGAAGCUCGUGUUGAAUUUUCGAGCCGAAAGGACUAUGAUGACGCUCUCCUGAAGGACAAGCAAUAUAUGGGACCGCGCUACGUGGAGCUUUUUCCCGAUUUUGGAAGGUACUGA